AACGUUCCUUGGAAUGAUGAUCGCAUCUGCUGGUAAUUAUUCAUUCUAGUGAAUUGUUCGUUCUCGCUGAUUGGGGGUGUCAUGGAAAGUUCCGGAGACGGCUUCCCGGAUAAGACCGAGUCGACACAGCAAGCUCAAGUGAUCUCUCGAGGAAUAGUUUACGGGAACACAGCAAGAUAUUUCGGAUUUCAUAGAGAAGACGGUCAUACUCACGAAUGGAAGUUGUAUGUCAGGCCCUAUAUCGACGGUCAGGAUCUUUCGAGUUUCAUCCGGAAAGUUGUAUUCGUGUUAGACCCUUAUUACGCGAAGAAGGAGGUCACCGAGCCUCCAUAUGAAGUUCAACACACCGGAUGGGGCGAAUUUGACCUCGAGAUCAAAAUCGUAUUUCGGAUCCGCGCCAUGCGGACUCUGACUCUGAACCACUACUUGCGGCUCGUCGAAUAUAUCAACCACGACACCGGCGACUUCAUUUACACUAAUUCGGUUCGUUCAGAGCAUUAUGACGAAAUCAUCUUCUCGAGACCGCCGGAGAAACUGCGCCUGGCUCUGGAAGUUUCUCAGGACCGGAAUGAUCGAGCAAUGCAAUCAAGGCAGCUCGGAGUACAAAGCAAUGCGUCGGAAGGAGACGGAGAAGUUCGACGGAAGCUGAGAGACGAUGAGCAUACUCUCAAAAGAGCUUUGAGCUUGCAGAGCAUUCGCAGCGCGAGACAGAAAGUGAGGCGCGAGAUCGAGCUAUUGAAACACGUGAUCUGCCGGCGUCAGGACGAAAUCCUCCGGCUGACGAAUCGGAUCCAGACGCACGAAAACGGCGCAUGA